UGUGGCAUUUAGAAAAGAAAAUACCCUUAGGUGCUGGAUUUUCUGAUACUGCUGGAAUACUGAGGGAUUGUGGUUUACAGCAGUCACAAUGAGGCGAAGCUCAAGUAUUGCUGGAAGCAGCAGUCGACAAUCUAUGAUGGCACUGAGAGUGCAGGACAACAACAAGAUGGGUCUUCAGACACCUCAGAUGAAGGACAGAAGCACCUUUGGGAAGCUGAGCAUGAGCAAACCUACAUCUGGAGCUUCAGAAAGAAAAGUCAGCUGUUUUGGGAACAGAGCGAGUGGGGCUGGAGGGUCACGCAGCAGCCAGUAUGGUGUGUUUGGGACAGAAAAGAUAAAGGAUCCCAGGCCCCUUCAUGACAAGGCAUUCAUCCAACAAUGUAUCAAAAAACUUUGUGAGUUCCUUGUUGAGAAUGCUUAUGCCCACAAUGUUUCCAUGAAAUCGCUACAAUCUCCAUCAGUUAAGGACUUUUUAAAGAUCUUCACCUUUAUCUAUAAAUUCCUCUGCCCUUCUUAUGAACUGCCUGACUCAAAAUUUGAAGAGGAAAUUCCCAAAGUUUUUAAAGACCUUGGGUACCCCUUUGCUCUGUCAAAAAGCUCCAUGUACACUGUGGGAGCACCACACACCUGGCCUCAGAUUGUGGCAGCUUUGGUUUGGUUAAUUGAUUGUGUCAAGCUGUACAAUGCGAUCAGGGAAAAUGCACCAUCAUUUGAUGACAGACAGAGCUGGGGAGGAGAGACAGAUGAUGGAAUUGUACAUAAUAAGCUUUUCAUGGACUACUGUGUGAAGUGCUAUGAUCUUUUCAUGAAAGGGAGAGAUACCUUUGAAGAGUUGGAUGCUGAAGUGCAGUCGAAAUUAAAGGAUUUAUUUAAUAUAGAUCCAUUCCAGAUGGAAAGUUUAGCAGCUGAGAACAAAAGACUUCAAGAAGAGAUUGCAAGACUAGAGAAAGAAAAGGAAAGUGAGCCGGAUCGUAGAGUAACGCUACGAAACGUGAAAUCAUCUCUUCAAGCAGAUGUCCAGAAAUACCAGGCUUAUUUGGCUAAUCUGGAAUCUCAUAUAUCCAUCCUUGAUCAAAAACUGGAAAGUGUUAAUGAUGAAGUUGAGACAGCAGAAAUUGAAGUAGAAGCCAUGAAGCAGGAGAAUGCCCGGCUCCGGCACAUCUUAGAUAACCAGAAGUACUCAGCUGCGGACAUUGAGAGAAUAAAUCACGAGAGAAAUGAGCUGCAGCAAACCAUUAACAAGCUGACUAAGGAGCUGGAAGCAGAAGAACAUCAGCUGUGGAAUGAAGAGCUAAAAUAUGCUAGGAAUAAAGAGGCGAUCGAAAUGCAACUGGCAGAGUAUCAUAAACUGGCUCGAAAGCUGAAAUUAAUUCCAGUAAGUGCUGAGAAUUCCAAAGGCCACGACUUUGAGAUUCAGUUUAAUCCUGAGUCAGGACCAAACUGCCUAGUCAAAUACAGAACUCAGAUCAAGGCUCCCCUCAUGGAGAUCAUCAACGAGACUGAGGAAGAAAUUAGUAGAGCCACUCAACGGAAAAUUACUUUGGAAGAUACUUUGGAACAGGUGAAUGUAAUGCUAGAGGACAAGAAACGCAGUGUGAAAAUGCUGACAGAAGAAGCUGAAAAGCUGGAUGAUCUUUACCAGCAGAAGCUUAAGGAGAUAGAAGAGGAAGAGCAGAAAUGUGCAAAUGAACUGGAAUCAUUAAAGAAGCACAAGCAGUUACUUGAGAGUGGUGUCUAUGAAGGGCUCAGUGAAGCCACAAAUGAAUUGCAUGAUCUCCAAAGACAAUAUCAAGUCGUUUUGCAAACAACAACAGAAGAGAAGAGAAAAAUUGGUGCUAACUUGAGUCGUCUUAUAGAAACAGUUGCUACUCAUAUAGCAUCUAUAGUGAAAUACCUUGAUGAACAGAAUGCGAGAAUUUACAGAGAUGAUGAAGAAUUCAUGCCUGAAGAUCUAUUGUCAAACUUGACCAGCAUCCUAGACAGUUAUAAAAAGAAGGCUGAAAGUGUCUAA